AUGGCCGCUAGCGAGGAGGGAACAACGGUAAUUGAGGCUUCCUGCUACUGCAAAUCACUUCACUACAGACUCACACUCAAGACCUCGGAACUCCCGCUUGGUGUUCACAUUUGUCAUUGUAGCAUUUGUCGCUGGACUCACGGAACUCUUGCCACCUUUCACGCACAGCUACCUAAUGGUGUUAGCCCAGAGUUCGUUGCCCCUUCUGGCCUCGACAAGCUCACACCAUACCGAUUUGCAGCAUCUCAAAAUAUUCGAUACUUUUGCUCGACAUGUGGCUGCCACAUGGGUGACGCCUCGUCACUGGAUGGCAAUUGGGUCGUUUCCACGUCCCUGUUUGCUCAAAAUGAAGGCGUAUUCCAAUUCAGAUCUCACGUCUUGACCGAGUCAGCCUUGGGCGGUGGCCUGAAUGAGUGGCUUCCCAAGAUUGGCGACCGGGAGCUAAAGAUCUGGAAUCCCGACAACGGUUCUGCGGCGCCCAAGCACUCCGAGGCGGAACAUGGUCCUAAUGGAGAAGAUAGACUUAGGGCGCAGUGCCACUGCGGAGGAGUUUCAUUCACGAUUCCUCGGCCUACGGACGAGGUAGUUAGUGACGCAUUCAUGGCCGGUUUUGUCUCUCCGGUGGACAAGAGCAAGUGGGUGGGCACCGUUGACGCGUGCGACGACUGCCGUCUAGUCAGUGGCGCUCACGUCAUUUCGUGGACAUUUGUUCCCCUGGACUUUUGUGAGCCAAAGAUUGGACCUGACCUGAUUCUCGGCACCAUGAAGACCUUUGUGUCCUCGCCGGGAGUGCUCAGGUCUUUUUGCGGUGUCUGCGGCGCCACCGUCUUUUACUCGUGCGACGAACGACGUCCGACCGUGCGGCAGAAUAUUGUGGAUGUCGCAGUGGGUAUACUCAGGGCACCUGAAGGUACAAGGGCUGAAGAAUGGUUGACAUGGCAGGCAGGACAGAUUGGCGCCGUCAACAGUGGUUUACGGUACGAUGAGGACUUUGCCAAGUCACUCGCUCAGGGCUUCAAGGACUGGAGCAUGGCAAAAUACGGUCAUGCUUUGACCGGUGAGUUGUGA